AUGGGGCUCCGGGACCUCAGGGGGGUCCAAACCUAACACGUGGCCAGGGAGGCCGCGGACCGGAUCCGUGACCACCUGGGUGACCUUGGUCAGAACCGCCCACCCUCAACGAUUUCCUUCCUCGAAAAAUGAGCAGCCCUCCCUGAAUGGUGACCUCUAAAUGCCAUUCUAGCCCCACCUCGGCCUGGACUGGCAGGUCCGCAGGGGCCCCUGCCCCGCCCACCUCCAUCACGGACACGCCCCUCCCGCCCAAUCCAGAAGGGCAGCGGACCCCAGCCUUCCAGGGGGGCCCCAGAACAGAACAGUGCACGAAAAUAACCGAAUCAGAGCAGGAAGAGCCCUCAGGGGGAAAACAAGGAUGCACACCCUGUUCACAGAGGAGGUUCUCCCUCCAACUUUUUCCCGAGAGAAAGAUUCCCAGCCGCUAUCUAGGCCAACCCAGCCCCUUUACACACCCACACCUUCUCAGGCCAGGCGAGGUGACUCCAGGACUGUCCCAAGUGGAAUAUGCUCUCCGUAGACACAAACUGAUGUCUUUGAUCCAGAAAGAAGCCCGAGAUCAGAGUGGGACAGACCAAGCGGUGGUCUUGCUCUCUAAUCCCACCUUCUACAUGAGCAAUGACAUCCCCUACGUCUUCCACCAAGACAAUAAUUUCCUGUACCUCUGUGGAUUCCAGGAGCCCGACAGUAUUCUGGUCCUUCAGAGCCUCCCUGGCAAGGAGCUGCCCACUCACAAAGCCAUGCUCUUUGUUCCCCGGCGGGAUCCUAGCCGGGAGCUCUGGGAUGGGCCACGGUCGGGGGCUGACGGAGCCGUGGCUCUCACUGGCGUGGACGAAGCUUUCCCUCUGGAGGAGUUCAAGCAUCUGGUCCCCAAACUGAAAGCGGAGACAAGUACAGUUUGGUACGACUGGUCCAAGCCCUCGCACGCCCAGCUGCAUUUGGAUUUCAUGAAACCUGUGACUGAGGCCAAAGCCGGGAGCAGGAACAGGGUGCGAGCUGUCCGGCAGCUGAUCCAGCGCCUCCGGCUCAUCAAAUCCCCCUCGGAGAUAGCGCUCCUGCAGGCCGCCGGGCGGCUGACGUCACAGGCUUUUGUAGAGACCAUGUUUGCUUGCAAAGCCCCAGUGGAUGAAGCGUUUCUUUACGCAAAGUUUGAAUUUGAGUGCCGGGCUCGCGGUGCAGACAUCUUGGCCUACCCCCCUGUGGUCGCGGGGGGGAACCGGUGUAAUACUUUGCACUAUGUGAAGAACAACCAAAUUAUUAAGGAUGGGGAGCUGGUGCUGCUGGACGGAGGCUGCGAAACUUCUGGCUACGUGAGCGACAUUACCCGGACCUGGCCUGUCAAUGGGAGGUUCUCCGCAGCCCAGGCAGAGCUCUAUGAAGCUGUGCUGGACGUCCAGAAGGCGUGCCUGGCCCUGUGCCGCCCCGGCAAGAGCCUGGAGGACAUCUACAACCACAUGCUGGCCCUGAUCGGGCAGAAGCUGCAGGAGCUCCGGGCACUGAGCAGCCACCGGGCCAACGGCACCAUCAAGGCAGCUCGGAAAUACUGCCCCCAUCACGUCGGCCAUUACCUUGGUAUGGAUGUCCAUGACACGCCGGACAUGUCCCGCUCGCUGCCCCUCCAGCCCGGCAUGGUGGUCACCAUCGAGCCAGGCAUUUACGUUCCUGAAGGUGACUGUGAUGUCUCUGAGAGAUUCCGGGGUCUCGGCGUGCGCAUUGAGGACGACGUGGUGGUGACCGAGGGCUCGCCCCUCAUCCUGUCUGCAGAUUGCCCUAAAGAGAUGCACCAUGUGGAGCGGAUCUGUGACCGGGGCUCUUGACCCGAAGCUCAGGCUCCUAGGCAGACCCAUACACUCACCCCUGGAGGAGCUUCCAGAAUGUGCACACGCAUAUAUUCUCGAGUAUAUGUUUGUGCACAUAUGUGUAUAUAUACAUAUAUACAUGUAUUCAUGUAUAUAUGUAUAUAUGUUUGUAUGUAUUCCCUUCCUUGGGAGUUGGAGGGAGUCUUUAUGCGGACAUUUUCCUUUUAUACUUGGGAAGCCUAAAGAGGGAAUUCUUCAGCUCUGGAGGGGGGCAAGGGGCCUGUUUAUACAACAGCAGUGACUUAGGCCUGCUCAAGGUUUUAAGGUAAAGGGGUAGGUGAGGUCUGCAUUUCCUCUGGUCUUUAAUUAGUAAAUCAUUCAUUGACAAAGGCAGGAAAAAGAUGCCCCUCUCCCGCCCUCCCAAUGUAGCUGUUCCUGCUUCCAGGGACUCCAUGACCUGCCUUAGAGGCUUGGAGACAAGGCACAAAGCUCUUGGCUUCUCUUCCUCUCUCCCAUGGGGGACCACACUCCACACCCAGAAGCCCUUAGCUGACCACGUUGUCUCCACAACUUGGGUUGGCUGGCUGCUGAGGCUACACCCUCAGUGAGGUGAUGGCUCGGAGUCCAUCCCUUGUGGCAGGCUGGGAAAGGGCUUUGAGGGCAGAAGAGGAGCUUGCUUCUGGACAGACCUUCCCUCUCCUUUUCCCGGUUUUCCAUAGCUUAUCCUGCCCUGGUGGUACCCAUUCCCUGGUCAGGUGGGCCCUCUUCUUUGACCGAAGGGACCAGCUCGGCAGCCUCUCCAAGGCUGCAGCUCAGUCUGAGCAAGGGAGACUUGCCGACUCUCCCACCAUUUGCUUAAGGCAGUGCUAAUGCUGGUAAAGCUGCUGAUGAGCCUUCAGCUGUCCCUUGAAAUCCUGGUGUCCUGGUUUCCUGGUUGGGCUCGGGACACACCCAGCCCUGGCCUUGGUGCUGGGGCCCCACUAGGGAGGGAGCCUUAGGAAAGGGUUAAGAGUCAGUGCCAAAAUCAAAGCCCAACUUCACAAAGUGCCAGUAAAAGGACCACGGAUUGUUUAAUAAACACGUCAGGGAAACGAGCUUGAGAAAUGACACCCUUCGUGGAGUGCUGGAAGUGUGCCUAUCUGAUAGGAAAACUGGAGAGAGAUACAGAGGAAGCCAAGGGCGGGCAGCCGGGCGCUCCUUCGGGAGGCAAGGAUAAUGUUACAAAGCCAAAGUGUUACAAAUUAUAUCCGGGCUGCCCUUCCCCGCUGAAAAGGGGCCCGUGAUGGCUGGACAGCUGGAGCAGGUGUCCACGAGGAGGCCCAGUGUUCCAGAGAGCCGAGAUGUCCCUUUACAUACAGCCUUAACCCCCGCACACACACAUACACAUAUACACUGUCUUUCUCCAUCUCUCUCUUGCCCAGGCCCCAACUUCAGCCUGCCAUUUGCCACUUAAAUGAAAAAAAUGAGACAAGCAAGGUAGGAAGGCUUUUUUAAACUUGAAAAACCCUAGAAUAAAAGCUUGACCUUUCUAUAUGGCAUUCCUUGUGAAAGAACACAGUAACAAGUUUGCAACUUUCUGCUGAGAAACUGGCCGAACUUGGGCAGAACACGUUCUUGUAUUUGAUACUUACCUCCUCCUCCCUUCAAAAAGAAACUUUCAGGUCAUUGGGAACUUUGUCCUGGGCCCUAGAGCCCUAAGUGUGCCUUUGAGUAGAAUCGUGGAGCUGCUCUGGCCACCGUAAAGUCCCUCCGACAGGGUCUCUUGUCGCCCAAGUCCCAGCAUCCUAACAGGACCCUCCUGGAUACUUGAACAACUGGUGCUCCUGAGGUCAAAAUCCCCCCCCCCCCGCACCAUCACCUCGAAGACAGUAUUUUAUGAGGUGUGUGGCUUUGCUAGGUUUGGGAAUUGGAGAGCAGACAGUCGUUCCGCCCGGGGUACAUCCUUGGUGCUUCGCAUAAAGAUUGAUUUGCCAGCCAAAAAAGUAUUAGAUCCUUUCAACAUCCACCCACACCCCCAAGUGAACGCUUUUAUUGGGCAGUGACUGGGGAAAAAAAAGCAAGGAUAUUCUUUUUCUUCCCUAAGAGGGGCUUGAGGAAACAAUACCAAUGGCAGUUAUUUCAAGGUGGUUCUCAUUGGCUCCCCAAACUUUGCAUUUAUGUUUGUUGAUAUCAAGAAUGUUUCUUGUUUCUGGGUGAAGAGAAACCAGCAACCCCAUUGCUGAGGGGUCACUGUUGGGUGCCCUUUGUGAUAUGUCUGAUCUCAGGGCAUUCUCAUUUAUUUUUGAAAGAGAAAGCCUCCAUCUCGCACAGUUCCCCUCUCCUUGAGAGCAAGGGUCAUUGUAAGACAAAUCAGAAUUUGCCCUCAAUUUGGUGUAUCCUCGGGGAGUUAGGGCCUCUGCAAAUCUGACCACAGAGUCUGCUUCCCAUGAUAGCAUUAGAAAGGUCCAGUAAUAAAAGCAGAUUUUACUCUUGAAGGGGAAAGGUUUGGGGGCGCUUUUUUAUUUUGGUCAUUCUUGCCACUGAGUGAAACAGUGUUAAAGCCAGACGUGGCCAACAAAGCCGUUGUCUUGAGAGGUGUCCCUUUAAGCUGCUGAGCUUGCUCGGGUGUCUGGCUAGGCUCGACCUUAACUGGAACAGGAGAGAAGGGUCACCAAAUACCUCAUGGAUCCCUUGGGGGAAGAGACUCUUCCCUUAUACCAAGGCCCUUCCCAAGUUCACAGAGCAGCUGAAUAUUUCUGACUGCCUUCUCCUUCCUGCACCCAUGGGGAAAUCAUGGCAGAUUCACAGAGGGGAAUGGUCUCCUCGUGGGGUAGCUGAUCUCAACCAGCAUUCUGACAGUUUUAUGAACUUUGUGAAUAUCGAGUUGGACAAAAUGCUGUUACUUUGUAAAGACUCGCCCAUUGAGAUAUCAGGUAUUUCCCAACAAGGGAAAAAUUUUGUUACCAGUGUUUAAAAAUAAACUAAUAUACUGUA